AUGACAACAGACUAAAGCUUCGAAUAUUUUACCACGGAUUUGUAUGUUAUGGGUGAUAACAAAGAGUCUUAAUGUGGUAUAGAUAACUAAGACUACGUAAAUAAAUUAACCAAAAUAAAUCUACCAAUGGUAAUACGGGAAAUAGCAUGCGGUUUGGAACAUACUUUAAUUGUGACAAAUGAAGGAUAGGUUUAUGCUUUUGGUUCAAAUUUGAAGGGAUAGCUGGGAGUGGAAAAUAUUUCUGUGGCAUGUUCUCCGAUAUAAGUUUAGGGAAUAAAUAAUCUGAAUUGUAUAAAGAUAGCAGCCGGAGAGUAUCAUUCUUGCUUAUUGACUGAUGAAAACUAAGGUUAUUAAUGGGGAGACAAUGUUGUGAAACCUUAAUUCAUAAAACAAGCUCAAAAUAUAAAAUGUGGUUUGAAUUUUACAAUCUUCUAAGACGACUGUCUAUAUUUAUAUAAGAAUCAAGUUUUGUAAACUUUGUAAAUUCACUCUCCAGUAUCAGAAUUUGCGUGUUCUGCAUACAACUUAUUUUAUUUGGACAAUAUUAAUAGUUUGUAUAUGCAUCCAGAUAAUAAAUUGAUGGAUAAUGUAUCAAAUAUAUUUAGUGGUUAUUAUCUAUCCUUAUUAACCGAAGAAAAUAAGUUGUAUUACUACUAGGAUAAAAAAUUAAUUCAAAUCAAUAUCUAAACUAAUAAAAUAGAUAGCACUUUUAGUAAAGAGUUUGCAAUUGUUUUGGACGAGAAUAAUAAAGCUAUUAUUAUUAAUUUGAAAACUCAACAAUAAAAAGAAUAGGAUUAUGUAUUUCAUGCAAUAAGUUCAGGAGUCAAUCAUCUUAUUUUGAUUGGAAAUAUUACGAGAGGGUCGAAAUAAGAUUAAGAAUAGGAGGAGUAAGAAUAAAUUUAAGAAGGUGAUGAUGAUUCCAUUUUGGAGGAGGAUGGCAUGAGUCCAAUUAUCACUCAAAAAACUUAAUAGGAUCAACUUCUCAAUACUCAAUAAAAUAACACUUUUUCAUUUUCUAUUAGAAAGGACCUUUAAUUACUACAUAGCAUCAAAACAAAUCAUAAAGAGACAUAGACUGAUGAAGAUAUAUACUAUCAAUUAAAGUAUGAAAAUGAGGAAUUAAGAAAAAUCCAAUAACAGUAAAAAAAGAAUUUAGAAAUACAAAUCUAAUUUUAAAAGACAUUAUAGGAUUAAAUCAAUAGAUUAACAUAAGAAAAUCAUAUGUUGAAGUUAGGUUAAAAUAAAAAUCAGUUAUUGAGUUUGAUCAAAUAAAAGCAAUAAAACCUCAGAAAUAUGAUUGAUGAAUUUUACUAAAAGUAAAAGGAGUUUCUUGGAUAAAAAAAAUGA